CUUCGGUCAUCCACUCUUGUAUGAACCUGAUUCUUCCAAAUCAGAUUCCUUUCUCCCUCUUCAUCUCAUCUGCGCUUUCGAGACAUCGCCCCUAUCGCUGCCCGCGACAUUAUUAAUCACACUCACUGCGAUCGCAUCAGCCUUGAUUCGCGACCCGAGACAUAUAUUGGCGAUCUGUCAACAUCCCUGAAGCCUUUACAUUCAGUCAUCGCAAGAAGACUCGAUCUCAUCCUUACCUCAGAUUGUGACCGGCGGAUCCGUCAACUCGUUGCGAUACCGACCUUCGAAACCCGUCGCAUUUGUUCGUCGCGAUUAGGAAACCUCACUUACAAGACAAUUCAAUUCCAAGUUUCUCAUCAUUUCAUCGAGCUAUUCACUAUUCUCUGGUUUAUCCCCACGACGAAAAACUAGCUCCUUGCUCGUGCUGGCUCCUGUUCAGCUCCACUAGCAGCGCAGCACAAUGGCGAAUCCUCAACCUGAUAUCCAGAGUAUUCUGGCCGCACUCGCGUCGCAGCGGCCGACAGGGACCCCGACCCAGACACCACCCGGCGCUCCCAACCAGGCAUACCCUCCCCCGCCUGCGUCCGCGCAGCCUGCGGCCACAUACCAGCCGCCCCCUCCGAACUCCAGCAGCUAUGGUGCACCUGGCUACAAUGGCCUCCCUGCGCCAUCAUCCAGCGGAAACCUUGACCUGAGCUCGAUUCGACCCGUGAACUCGGGAACAUUGAGUAUUGCUGAUGCGAUUGCUCAAGCCAAGGCUUAUGCCGCCGAAAAGGGUGUGACAUCCUACGACCGCCCCCUUGUCUAUGCCUCCGAGUCACGAGGACCCGAUCGAGGAUACAACCGCUCAAGAUCACGAUCACCCGCCCGUGACGAGUUCCGUGAUGGCGUGAAUCCAUACAGAGAUGAGCGACGUGGUGGUGACCGAGGCUCGCAUGGUCGCGGCUAUGGUCGAGAUCGUUCUUACUCGCCAGGCCCCCGUGGUCGCAAUUUCUCUCCUCGAGGAAGCAAUGGACGCGAGAGGUCUCCUUUGAGAGGAGGGGAUGACAACUCGGAGACCAUUGAGAUCGAUUCAAGUCUUGUAGGCCUCAUUAUCGGCAGACAAGGAGAGAAUCUUCGACGCAUAGAAUCUGAAUCCAACUGCCGAGUCCAGUUUCUGGCCGCCACUGAUGGUGGUCCGCACAGGCUGUGCAAGAUCUCUGGGCCGCGGCACCGUCGUGCUGAAGUGAAGGAUGCCAUUAACCGUAUUAUCGACGAUAGCGGAAUGGGCGCUCUCAACCGCCCCGAAAAGCCUCGCGACCCCAACAAGGGCGGUGCUGCGGCUCUACGCGAAGGGGAGGACCACAUGCAAAUCAUGGUCCCUGAUAGGACUGUUGGCCUGAUCAUUGGGCGUGGCGGUGAAACUAUCCGUGACCUCCAAGAGCGAUCCGGUUGCCAUAUUAACAUCGUUGGCGAAUCUAAGAGUGUGAACGGAUUGCGACCUGUCAACCUCAUCGGCACGCGCGAAGCUGCCGCUCGCGCCAAGGAUUUCAUCAUGGAGAUUGUUGACAGUGAUAGUCGAGGCGACGCGCCGCCGCCUGUUAAGAGGUUGGGAGGUGGAGGAUCAGCUCCUGGAGGCCGCCAUGAUGCUCCCCAGAGGGAUGCGGGAGGCUCUGGUGGCCCCGACAAGAUCAAUGAUGCUGUAUAUGUGCCUUCAGAUGCGGUAGGUAUGAUCAUAGGAAAGGGUGGCGAGACGAUUCGGGAGAUGCAGAACACCACCGGAUGCAAGAUCAACGUGGCUCAAUCUUCUGGUCCCGGUGAGACUCAAAGGGAGAUUGCCUUGAUAGGUUCGCGAGAUAGUAUUGCGCGAGCCAAGCUUGCCAUUGACGAGAAGGUGGAUGCAGUGCGCCAGAAAGGCAGUGGUCCACGUGGUGGUGGUGGUAGUGGCAGCGGCCGUGGACAUCAAGACCAUGACAGGCCCAGCUACUCUCAACCGCAAGGUUCCAGUGCUCCUACUAACCAGCCCCCUCAACCGGCUUCAGCUGAUGGAUCUGAUCCAUACGCUCAAUGUAAGUCUUGAUAUGUUGUGCCCUUGUGCCCUUGCUGAAUGCUAAUCAACAUAGAUGGUGGUUACCAGAAUUACCUC